AUGUAUGCACGUGUGUAUGGGUGUGCAUGGGACUGUGAAUGGGAGGACGGAGUCGAUGUGCACGCACAAGCAUUUAGCUUCUAUUGCGGUCACGUUAUUGCGCUCGGCAACCACCACCGGCAUCACGAGGUGGAGGAACAGGAGGAGGUCGAGGCAUGUGGUGUUGUUGCUGCUGCUGGUUAUGCUGGCUGGGGCUGUUGUCGUGGUGAGCGCGCACUAACGCGCGUUCCGCAAUCCACUGGCGGCGAUGGGCUCCAAGAGCUCCUGCAAUUAAGAUUCCGGAUUGCGUUUUCCGAACGGGAACGGGAACAGAUUGCACAUAAUCGGAACAGCGCAGCCCUGAGCAUGGAGGUGGUGGAUGGAGAUGGCGAAGUGUGUUUCGAAGAGGCGUAUGUUGUGAGAAGCGCGUCUGAUCAAAGCUGGAGCAGCAUGUUUGGGAUGUUGUCCACGAUUAGCAACCGAAUCGCGGAAAUGCGAUCAAAGAUCAAGGCAAUCGACAGCAGACUGAGUACGUGCGAGGAGCAACAAGUGGAAAGUACGGCCAUCGUCGGGGGCGAGGUGGACGAGCUAGCAACGCAGAUGUCGGCACUGAACCGUGCUAUUGGAAACCUCCAGUUCGAUGCUAUUGCAGCGCCGAUAACUGCCUUUAUAACGCCUGCCACCUGUAAAGAGGAUCUGGAUGAUCUCGAAUCCAAAGCGAAGGACAAACAGUUUGUGAAUCUGGUGGCCCACACGUUUGCCCGCGAAUUCGGCUAUAACCGGCAAGGAGAGGGAGCGCAAAUCUUUCAACAAGUAAUGCGCUACUUCUUCGACAAGGAUUUCCUUAUGGCUUGUACCUGGUCCGGAAUACAUAGGGACACGAUCAAGUAUCUGCCCCAAGGCACGAUUCCAAGCACUCCGAUCUUUAUUUAUAGCAGCCUCAGAGAACUGAUUCAUGCCUGUGUGACCAUUUCCGAUGAGACAUUCACACAAGCGGAAUGUGUGGCAAUGAUUCGUACGUGUCUUAGGAGUUCCCGAAUGAAACUUAAAAGAUUAUGCACUCGGACGAAUAAGAAGGCAAAGGAGAAUAUUCCUUCCGAUGAAGUAGCGGUAAAGGGGCUAGUAGAAAAUCAGCUACGGCGGUUGCGGAGUGCUGCCGAAACGGACACAUGAGGGUGGAAAUUUAAAAACGAAAUUAAAUAAA